ACAAGGAACACACACACACACAAACCAUGGUUUUUUCAUCUCUUCCUGCUUAUCAUCAUCAUCAUCAUGAUCCAUCCAACUGGCAACAGCAACCAAAUCAUCCAAUAACUGGAAUCAGUACGACUACCACCGCUGCUGCUGCUUCUGUCAUUACUUCUCAACAGCUUCUUUCGCCACUGGUUCCUUCGCUGCCGCCGCCACCCUCGCAGCCUCAUGGAAGCGGGGGAGCGGGCUCGAUUAGGCCCGGUUCGAUGGCGGAUCGAGCCCGGAUGGCAAACAUUCCUAUGCCGGAGACGGCCCUGAAAUGCCCGCGGUGCGAGUCAACUAACACCAAGUUCUGCUACUUCAACAACUACAGCCUCACUCAGCCCAGACAUUUCUGUAAGACCUGCCGGAGGUACUGGACCAGAGGCGGUGCUCUGCGGAAUGUCCCCGUCGGCGGUGGCUGCCGGAGGAACAAGCGCAGCAAGGGAACUAGCAGUAGCAGUGGCGGUGGUGGUGGCGGCAGCUCCUCAAAGUCUUCUGCCGCAACCGCCUCUGGUUCUUCCGGUGCAAUUCCGUCCAACAAUUCCGGAGCAGCCUCAGCCGCCGAAAUAUUAGGCCUCACUCAGCAGCUCCCCGCCGCGUUACGCUUCAUGGCUCCGCUGCAUCACCACCCGCUCGGCAGCACUGACUUCUCGGGCGACAUAGGGUUAAACUACGGGCUAAAUUACGGCGCGGCGGACUUGAACUUCCACAUCGGCGGCGCGUCGUCACUCUUAUCAGGUGUAGGCGGUAGUGGGGUCGAGCAAUGGCGGAUGGCGCCGCCUCCGCCGCCUCUACAAUUCCCGUUCUUGCCUGCAGGGCUGGACCCUAAUUCGGGGGCGGCGACCGGGUUGUUCGAGGGCGAGAUGGCUUCGGGGUUUUCGGUCCGGGGGAAGCAGCCGCCGCCGUCGAGCUCCAUCACUCACCAAAUGGCUGCGGUGAAAAUGGAAGAUACUAAUAAUAAUCAAGGUGAGAUGAACUUGUCAAGACAGUUGUUGGGAAUAAAUAAUCAUCAUCAACACGAUCACCAUGAUCAUAAUCAGUAUUGGAGUACUGGUACUGGAAAUUCUAGUAGUACUAGUGCUAAUUGGACCGAUCUUUCUGGUUUUAGCUCUUCUUCAAACUACGAGCAAUAAUCCACUGUGAUCAAGAUUAGUACUAUUACUACUACUGCUGCUAAUUAA